AUGGCCUCCUCUGAAACCAACAACGAAUUAUACUCGUCGAACCCGUCGUCCCUCCUCCCUCUCGACGUAGUCUCCGACAUCCUCCUCCUCCUCCCCGUGAAGACCAUCUCGCGCCUCAAGCUGGUGUCCAAAUCGUGGCUCUCCCUCAUCUCCAGCCCCUCCUUCAGGUCGUCCCACCGCCGCCGAUCCGAACGGAACCCUCUCCUCCUCGUGGCGACCUUCGAAGGAGACGAUGGGGAACACCGCCGAGACCACUUCCACGUGCUAGACUACUACAAGAAGCGAGGAGGAGGAGGGAAAACCCUACUAGACCGUGUAACCACAGACUACUACUUACCGAUAGCGUCGUGGUUCCCUAGGAGGCUCGUCUUCUCCUGCGGCAGCCUUGACCUCGUCUGCUUGUAUGAUCCCGAUGACAUCUACAUUCGGAACCCUACGACCAGGGAGCAGAUUGCUUUGCCCAGGAAAUCUUCGGUGUCUUGCAGUACGGUGAUUGACAACCACGUGGUGGCAUUCGCUUACCUUCCUUCUACAGGGGAAUACAAGGUGCUCUGCAUCAGUCUCAAGCGCCUGUAG